AUGACUGUGCGGGGGCUGAAAGCGGUUACUCAAGCCCGGAACGGGGUCGGGGCAUUCAUCCUGCAAUGCAAGCGACUAGAAUUUACCUACUGCGACUGGGGCGGCAGUUCCAAAGGGAUGCUGACCUUCCUCAAAGAAGAACUGCCGGCAUUCGCCCGAGCCAACCCUCAGAUCGAAUUCCGUGUGUCCCCUCGCCCAAAUAAACACCCCGUCAUCAAGGGCCACUACGUCAAUGGCCGCCUGAAGUCAGUAUGCGUGCGCAGCUUCGAGCCAGAGGCGAUUCUCGAAAAGGUCAAUUACCUCAAGCAAUCUAGUGGCGAGAAACUCAAGAUACAGAGGAAGCCAGUUAUGUCUUUGAAUGAGAGUGUCAGAGGUAUCUGGUCACCGUACCAUGGUGAUUUGAAGAUGAUUUGA